AUGAAUGUAAUUUUACUUACAACAAUUACGCUCUUUCUAAGAGCCCAAUUAGUUGCUGGUGGUAUAUUCACUUCCAAAUAUGCCCUUUCCAGUAAAGAACAAGAUCAAAUGGUAGCUGCUAUUACAAACAAAAGAAAUUAUCAUGUUGACACGUCUUCUGUUAGUUGGUUAAAGAAAGCUGCUACAUCUGCAAUUGAUUUGGCUGGUAGUUAUAAGUGUGAUCAAGAAAAUGUAUAUUCGAAUGGCGCUUAUGGUUUUACAGUUUCUAUUGGUUCAAGUGAUAUUGAUGAAGCUGUUUCUGGUUGGUAUGAUGGGGUUCAAUACUAUGAUUAUGCUGAUCCGGAACUUACAGACGAUAAUCGUAAUUUUGUUCAAGUCGUUUGGAAGGAAAGUACUCAAAUUGGUUGCGCCAAAAAGACAUGUGGUACAAACACUGUUUAUAUUUGUCAAUAUUCGUUACCAGGUGCUGUUGCUGAUACAGAACAAUUACUUGCCAAUGUUGGUGACCUACAUGCUCAAACUGCUACUAAUACUGAAACCCAGACUCAUACAGAGGUGACAACAAAUACAGAUACUGUUACUCAAACUCAAGUUACGACAGACACUGAUACUAUUACUCAUACUCAAGUUACAACAGACACUGAUACUGUUACUCAUACUCAAGUUACUACUGACACUGAUACUGUCACAUAUACCCAUGUUACUACUGAUACUCAAACUCAAAACUUCACAGAAACUUCAACAGUCACGGAUACAUUAACUGUUACCUUGGUAUCCACAGAUACCGUGAGUGAAACGAUGACAGAGGCUACAACUGAUACAGUGACGGAAACUUUAUACUCUACAGAAACUCAAAAUCAAAAUCAAACAUUGACCAAAACCGAAACAGAUACAUUUACUUUAUUUUCUACGGAAACGGUCAAUCAAACAAUUACCUUAGUUAGUUCGGCCGUAACUACAGAAACCGCGUACGAAACCAGUUAUAUUAAUCAAACGUUCUCGGAGACUGCAACACACACUGAAACAUAUAAUGUAACCGAAACUUUACAUCAAACUUACACCAUUGUAACAACUGAUACAACAGUUGAAACGCAAGUUGUAACACAGACAUCUCAUGAAACAACAGUUACAACUUCUUCGGUUUUAUUAUUAUCAACUGAGACUUCUGUUACUACAUACACUUUCACUGUUACUACAGAUAAUCAUUACACUGUAACCGAUGUUAGCACAGAUACUAAAACUGAAACAGUUACAGAUGUUACUAGUGUUACAUUUACAGACACAUUGGUAUCUACUAUAACUGAGUUGGUCCCGACUUCAAUUAUCACGUCCACUACAGAGAUUACAACAACUACUGUAUUUGCAACCAUAACCGAUGUUAGUAGUACUGUUAUAAGCGACACUACCACUGUAGUCAUAACAAACACAGUUUCCAACAUGGCAACAAUCACAGAUGUUCAGACCUCAACAGACACUGUUACUGUGACAGAAACAGUUACGGAAACUAUAUAUGGAUCUUCCCAAUCAAGUACCGAUUUAACAUCAUCCCUAAUUUCAACUUCUGAUAGUACUUUAUUGACCGCCACAACUGAUGUAUCGGGUUCGCAAUCCGAUUCUGGGGAUUACUCAACAUACACUACUACAACAAAUGAUAUAACUUUUAGUACUGACGGUUUCACUACGGAUAUUGCUACUACAGCAACAGAUGGUACUAUCUCUGGAACUUCCUUCACUAACACAGAUAAUACUUUUUCUGAAACUGCAACUACUGGCACUGAAAUAUACCCCUCUGGAAUGGCUUCUAGCAAUACAGAUGCUACUUCUACUGAAACAGACGUUGCUAUCACUGUAACUACAACAACUAAUACAGACAUUAUGUCAACAAGUACGGAUGUUGUUACUCAAGGCUCGAGCUCUACAAACACUGGUAUUACUUCCACUAACACAGAUGAUGUUACUUUUGACUCCACUUCCACAGAAAUGAUUACGUCUGGUACUGCUUCUACAAAUACUGGUGAUAUCACUUCAGACUUAACAUUUUCAGGUACAACUACAGAUUUUAUAUCUACAAUUACAGAUGAUAUUACUUCUGGUAUCGUUACUGCCAAUUCUACCUCCACAGAUACAGAAGAUACUACUACAAGUUUCAUUUCAACGGAUAUUGAUGAUACUACUUCUACAAAUACAGAUGACCGCACCUCUGAAACAGUUACUACUAGUUCAACAACAGGAUCCAUUUCUACAAAUUCUAAUGGUAAUAUAUCAGAGAUAACUUCUACAGGAGCGUCUAUCACUAGCAGUGAGUCGACAAAUAUUAAUAACCUUAGUUCAGACUCCAUAAAUACAAGUAUUCUUAGUUCAGACUUCAUUAGCACUGAUAUAGUGACCACAGGUAUUACUUCAGACAUAACUAAUACUGAUUCCACAACAUCGAGUACCAUCUCUUCAAAUUCCGACAGUAAGACCUCAGAUACAACAUAUACAAACCCAACUGUGACUGAGAGUACAUUGACACACACAAAUGAUCUUAGUUCAGAUCUUACUAAUAGCGGUCUAACCACUAUAGGUACUGCUUCAGACUUGACUAACACUGGAACAAUUACCACCAGUACUAUUUCUGUAAACACAGAUGAUGUAACUUCGGAUCUAACUACUACAGGUGUAACAACUACUGAUAUUACCUUUGAUCCAACUACCACAGGUACUGCAAUUACAAGCACAAAUGAUGCUACUUCUAGCUCAACAAUCAGUGCAUCUACUACUGGUGAUCCCAAUUCAACUAAGCCUGGUUCAACAAAUACAGAUGUUACUUUAACCAAUACCGAGGAUGUUACUUCUGGUUCGACUUCGACAGAUUCAACAAUUAUUAUUACCAGUGAUACUACUUCAACUAUAAUAGGUACAAUCACUACGACUACUGGUAUUUCUACGUCAGAUUCAGAUGCUUCUGGUGAAACUACUCAAACUAUUUCUGGUUCAGCUACUACUGAUGCAACUUCUUCAACUGAUACUGCAUCUGGUACAACUGGUACUGAUACAACUGGUAAUAUUUCAACUGGUACUGGUACAACUGGUACUGACACAACUGGUAAUAUUUCAACUGGUACUGACACAACUGGUACUGGUACAACUGGUACUGGUACAACUGGUACUGGUACAACUGGUACUGGUACAACUGGUACUGGUACAACUGGUACUAGUACAACUGGUACUGGUACAACUGGUACUGGUACAACUGGUACUGGUACAACUGGUACUGGUACAACUGGUACUGGUACAACUGGUACUGGUACAACUGGUACUGGUACAACUGGUACUGGUACAACUGGUACUGGUACAACUGGUACUGGUACAACUGGUACUGGUACAACUGGUACUGGUACAACUGGUACUGGUACAACUGGUACUGGUACAACUGGUACUGGUACAACUGGUACUGGUACAACUGGUACUGGUACAACUGGUACUGGUACAACUGGUACUGGUACAACUGGUACUGGUACAACUGGUACUGGUACAACUGGUACUGGUACAACUGGUACUGGUACAACUGGUACUGGUACAACUGGUACUGGUACAACUGGUACUGGUACAACUGGUACUGGUACAACUGGUACUGGUACAACUGGUACUGGUACAACUGGUACUGGUACAACUGGUACUGGUACAACUGGUACUGGUACAACUGGUACUGGUACAACUGGUACUGGUACAACUGGUACUGGUACAACUGGUACUGGUACAACUGGUACUGGUACAACUGGUACUGGUACAACUGGUACUGGUACAACUGGUACUGGUACAACUGGUACUGGUACAACUGGUACUGGUACAACUGGUACUGGUACAACUGGUACUGGUACAACUGGUACUGGUACAACUGGUACUGGUACAACUGGUACUGGUACAACUGGUACUGGUACAACUGGUACUGGUACAACUGGUACUGGUACAACUGGUACUGGUACAACUGGUACUGGUACAACUGGUACUAGUACAACUGGUACUGAUGCAACUGGUAAUAUUUCAACUGGUACUGACACAACUGGUAAUACUUCAACUGGUACUAGUACAACUGGUACUGGUACAACUGGUACUGACACAACUGGUACUGGUACAACUGGUACUGGUACUGGUACAACUGGUACUGGUACAACUGGUAAUGUUUCAACUGGUACUGAUACAACUGGUACUGGUACAACUGGUACUAGUACAACUGGUACUGGUACAACUGGUACUGAAACAACUGGUACUGAAACAACUGGUACUGGUACAACUGGUACUGGUACAACUGGUAAUGUUUCAACUGGUAAUAUUUCAACUGGUACUGGUACAACUGGUAAUACUUCAACUGGUACUAGUACAACUGGUACUGGUACAACUGGUAAUAUUUCAACUGGUACUGGUACAACUGGUAAUAUUUCAACUGGUACUGGUACAACUACUACUGAUACAGCUGGUACUGAUAUUAUUUCUACAAGUACAGAUGGUAUUACUACGGGUACUGAUAUGGAGGGUACAGGUUCCACUUAUAUCGAUGGUACUGCAAUUUCCACAUCUGAGAUCUCAACUGACUUUUCUAAAACGUAUAUUGGCACAAGUGAUACUGUCGUAUCCACUGAAACUGGGUCGAUUACGAUUGACAGGAGUAUCACAGAUACAAAUUCCCAAAUAUUUACCACUACAGAUAUGGAAGCUACGAUAACAACUGGUGCUACUGAUAGUGUUACACUUACUCAAAGUUCAUCCAAUAUGUUGUCGUCUAGUCUGGAUGCCAUUGGGAGGGACUCUAUAACAUCUUCUAAUUCCACAUAUUCCACUAAAUCUUCCACGUCCAAAUUCGGUACUUCUACGAACACAGGUUCAACAUUUGUUCCUGGCAGUGACAAAGACCUGACCGAUAAUGACAAAAACGGUAACAAUUUUGGUGGAAAUAUAUCUGAUGAUCAAGUGAAUGACAACAGCAAUGAUGAUAAUUCAGAUAAUCUUGAACCAAAGCAGGUGGAUAGUAAGGCUGAAGAUUCAGAUAAACAUAUUUCCUUUGAUCUUUCAGAAACAAAUCUAGAAGAUAAUGAUGGUGCAAAAACCUCUGCUCAAAUUUACACAACGAUAUCAGCUUCUACAACAGUGCUAGAUAAUGGUAUUACGUAUACUGGGAGUCCUGGAAAAGGUGAUGACUUUGAAGAUUUGGCAUCGAUAACAAAUGAUAACUCUGAAGUAGAUGAAAACUAUUAUAAUUCCAUUGAUGAUUAUGGAAACGGUGGUAACAUAAAAUCCAUAAAUACAUGGUAUUCAUAUUUCAUAGUUUUGACAUUGAUCCUACUGCUAAUAUAG